UUUGUACCGUCCAAACAAAAAUGUUUGGCAAAACUAAUUUAUCUUACAUGGCUCGAUAAACCAUCGCUGAUCAAUAAUUUCUUGUAGUUUAUUUCCCGUUAAUGGACUGAUUUACACAGGAAUGGUUAUUGAUUUAUCGGGCCAGAAGUCGGCCAUAAUGAUGUCAGCUUUUUUGCGCAUGCGUGCCUGUAGUUGCCAGCGGUCUAACGCAGUGUCUCCCCAGUGUGUUGCAAAAACAUAAACAAAGAAAUGGCCGAAAUCCGUGAACGCACCAAGAUUGUGGGCGGCAAAGCCGUUGCCAAGGUGGAGGGCUUCUUCGCCGACUUCAAGAACUUUAUCAACCGCGGCAAUGUGGUGGAUCUGGCGGUGGGUAUCAUUCUGGGCGCGGCCUUCGGAGCCAUCGUCCAAUCCCUGGUCAACGACAUCUUCAGCCCGAUCAUCGGCUUGGCGGGCAAUGCCGCCCUGGGUGACCUUUUCGUCAUCAUGCGCUACGGCAACGCCAAUGACAGCGCCGCGGGUGCCACCUACCCGACGGUCCUGAAGGCCAAGGAAGCCGGUGCCAUCACACUGAACUACGGCAACUUCAUUAACACCAUCAUCAACUUCCUCAUCGUGGCAUUCGCCCUGUUCCUCUUCAUUAAGGUCAUCUUCCUCUUCAAACGCAAGGAGGUCGCCAAGGCCCCCUCCACUGAUUGGCCCUGCCCCAAGUGCAAGGAGCUGGUAAAGGAGGGUGCAAUUCGCUGCCCGCAUUGUACGGCCGAACCCAUCGGCCCGGUGCUGAAGUACGUGGAUGACAUCAAUGAACCGCUGCUGAGCAAGGCUUGAGGAUGAAAGUGGAGAGCAUUGUCACUGGCUUACCGCUGCUUUUUCAUUGGAUCUGAAUCUGCUUUUGUACUUGUAACUCGUUCGGCUCUCUCUGGCUGCCAGCUAUCGCUCAUUAAUCAGCUCCUUCACGUUUUUUUACGAUUUCCUAAGCAUUUGUGCUAGUAUUGCCAUUGAACCGCAUUUACCUUGUUUUGUUAUGUCUGUUUUAAAGUUUCUUCGUUAUUUUUCUUCUAACCGUUUUUUUUUUUAUUUUUGAAAGUUUUUGCAGUCUGCUCUAAUUUAGGCUUUUCUAAUUAGCUGUGUGUAUUGUACGUUUGUGUGCCGCUGGGAAAAUAAAAUUUAUCAA